AUUUUACGGUUGGUAAAAGUGAGGCUGUCAGCCAUAUUUUGAUAGAGAAUCGAUAUCGUUUUGGCAGAGUUUGCUUUGGCGCUAAAUACAUUUAAUUAAUAUCGUUCGAGUGUCGAAUUAAAACACAUUCAGCGGACGCAUCAAAAUGGCAGAAGAUCUUGACGUCGAGGCGAUGUUGGAAGCCCCCUACAAAAAAGACGACGAGGUCAAUGGCAAAUCGAGAGAGAACGGAGAUUCCGGCGGCAAACACAGAUCGUCCGACAAAAGGAGGAGUCGCAGCAGAGGGCGCCACGGGAGCAGAAGCAAAUCGCGGGACAGGAAGAGAAGCAGAGACAGAGGCGACCGCGACCGAAAGAGAAGCAGAUCGCGAGAGAGGAAGAGAUCGAGAGAUCGCAGACGAUCGCGGUCCAGAGGCGGCGGUGGUCGUCGCUCCAGGGAUCGUUCCCGUGACAGAAGGUCCCGUUCUCGUGACAACAGACGAGGCGGUUCGCGCAGUCCCGGGCGUCGCCGCUUCGACCGUCGCUCGGGCAGCAAAGACAGACACCGACGAUCCCGCUCCCGCAACAGACGUUCCCCCUCGCCGCGACCGUUCGGCGGCAAACGAGGCGGACUGGGCGCAGUCGGCGGGGUCAGAUCGCCCCUCCAUCUGCGCUCCGGUUCGCCGCCCGAAGAGCUCAGUCCCGAAGACAGAGACGCGAGAACCGUCUUUUGCAUGCAACUGUCGCAAAGGAUACGAGCGCGAGAUCUGGAGGAGUUCUUCAGUUCCGUGGGUAAAGUCAGGGAUGUGCGGAUGAUCGUGUGCAACAAGACCAGAAGAUUCAAGGGCAUCGCCUAUAUCGAGUUCAAGGAUCCGGAAAGUGUGGCGCUGGCGUUGGGAUUGUCGGGGCAGAAGCUGUUGGGCGUCCCGAUAAUUGUGCAGCACACGCAAGCCGAGAAGAAUCGGAUGGGCAACUCCAUGCCCAAUCUGAUGCCCAAAGGCAUGACCGGACCUAUGCGGUUGUACGUCGGGUCUCUGCACUUCAACAUCACCGAAGACAUGUUGAGGGGCAUCUUCGAGCCGUUCGGCAAAAUCGACAACAUUCAGCUGAUCAUGGACCCCGAAACCGGACGAUCCAAAGGAUACGGAUUCAUCACUUAUCACAAUUGUGACGAUGCCAAGAAGGCUUUGGAACAGCUGAACGGAUUUGAGUUGGCGGGACGUCCGAUGAAAGUGGGAAACGUAACGGAACGCAUCGAUUUGCAGACGCAGGGUCCGAGUCUGUUGGACUCGGACGAAUUGGACAGGUCGGGAAUAGAUUUGGGGGCGACGGGCAGGUUGCAACUGAUGUUCAAGUUGGCCGAAGGCGCCGGCAUGCAAGUACCGCAGGCUGCCGCGACGGCGCUCAGCAUCGCGACCGGACAACCCGUCGUUUCCCAGGUACAAACUAACUCGACGCCGCCUAUCGCCACGCAGUGUUUCAUGUUGAGCAACAUGUUCGAUCCCGCAACGGAGGCGAAUACGAACUGGGACGUGGAGAUCAGGGAUGACGUAAUAGAAGAGUGCAAUAAACACGGGGGAGUGUUGCACGUGUACGUGGAUAAGGGAUCGCAAGGUAACGUAUACGUCAAAUGUCCGUCGAUCGCGACGGCCGUGGCUUCGGUGAAUUCCCUUCACGGAAGAUGGUUUGCGGGGAGAGUCAUCACGGCGGCGUAUGUGCCUCUGCUCAAUUACCACUCGCUCUUCCCGGACGCCAUGGCCAUUACACAGUUGUUGCUGCCCUCCAACAGGAAAUGAACGCCGCCUCCACAUCCCACAUAUGUAGAUAUAUAUAUAUAUAUAUUUUAUUAUUAAUAAUUAUAUAGUUCAUUUUGUUAUUGGUGAAAUUUAUGAUACCACAUUGUAAUUAUAAUAUUAUUUUUGUUUGAUCGUAUGUAAGGCUAAUAAAAUGAUUUUGUCGAAUGUUUUAUACAUACAUAC